AUGAUUGAAGAAAACCACACAAAGAUGGCUGAAUUUAUUUUGGUAGGUUUAGUGGAUAGUCCAAAGAUGGAGCUGCUGUCUUUUAUUGUGAUACUAAUUAUCUAUUUAAUUACACUGACUGGCAAUCUGGGGAUGAUCAUAUUAAUCAGAAUAAGCUCUCAGCUUCAGAGCCCUAUGUAUUUCUUCCUCAGUCAUUUGUCUUUCUUAGAUUUUGGGUAUUCUUCAGCCAUUGCCCCCAAAAUGUUAGCAAACAUACUGGCAGACGAGAAAAGCAUUUCAUAUGCUAAUUGUGCUGCACAGAUGUAUUUUUUCAUUUUCUGUGCAAGUACUGAGUGUAUCCUCUUGGCAGUGAUGGCGUAUGAUCGUUACGUGGCUAUCUGUAAUCCUCUCCUCUAUGUGGUUACCAUGUCCCCCAAAGUGUGUACUGUGAUGGUGGCUGGAUCUUACCUCAUUGGCUUGGUGAAUGCAGUGACACAAACAGCUUCUACCUUUCAGCUCUCUUUUUGUGACUCCCAUGUCAUCAACCAUUUUUUCUGUGAUGUUCCCCCUUUGCUGUCUCUUUCUUGUACUGACACAAGCAUCAACGAAAUGGUGCUCUUUGUUUUUGCAACAAUCCUGGGAAUAUUUACUUCAACAGAAAUUAUGGUGUCGUAUGCAUUCAUCUUGACAGCAAUCCUACGGAUUAAUUCAUCUGAGGGGAAACAAAAGGCUUUUUCAACAUGCGCCUCCCACCUGGCAGCUGUAACCAUCUUCUAUGGAACAACGGUCUUUAUGUACCUGCGCCCAAGUUCCAACUAUGUUCUGGAUCAGGAUAAAUGGGCUUCCGUCUUCUAUACCAUAAUGAUUCCAAUGCUGAAUCCUUUGAUCUAUAGCCUGAGGAACAAGGAAGUCAAAAAUGCCUUGAGAAGGAGGCAGGCACUGGAGAUGGCUUUCUUAAAGGGCAUGAGAUGUUUAUGA